CGCAAUCAAAGUGCGUUAACUCUGCGUCAGUACUUGUUGUGUCAUUUUUUAAAGUAGUAAUAUAACAUUUUUAUUAUUAUUGUUUAUAUAAUGGGUUUUGGUAGUUUAAUUUACUAUAUUGUACCUGCAGUAGUUUUGGGGGCUACUGUAUACUAUUCCUGGUCAAUAACUUUGGAUAAUGCUGAUUUAACAUAUAAAUUAAACGAAUCUAACUUGGCAUCAAAGUAUGCAUCAUCUCAAUUACAAGAAGUUAGUAAAAAAAUGGCAGAGGAGAUAAGUGUUAAAGAUCAGUUUUUUAAAGACUUUGAUUUGGUGUUUCUUGGGCAGAGCUUGCAAUUAGAGUUUUCAGAAUUGCGCAAUACUUAUCAAUUUGUUCUCAAAAAUGUGGAGAAUCUUGGAAAAAAAUAUCAAACUGAACUUGGAAAUUGCAACAAAGAAAAGGAAGAACUGAAAAAGAAUAUUGAAAAAACAACAGCAGAUUUAAAAACUUCUCAAGAUAAAAGCGGUGAACUACAGAAAAAGUUAGACGAAAGCAACAAAAGUUUAGAAGAAAACAAAAAAAAUUUAGAAGAAAGCAAUAAGUCUUCAGCUUCGUUAAAAGCGAAAGUAGAAGAACUUGAAAAGAAGAUUGCGGCGUCUACUCCAGCUGCAGAAGCAAAAUCAACUUAGAAAAUUAAAUUGGUUGCUAUAGGAAUGUAGCAAUUUAUGAAAAGAGCAUAAAUAUUGUAUGAUCCAAGCAAAUUCUUUUUCUUGAUCACUUCAGUACUCUCAGUGCACAUUGUAUCUCAGAAGUUCUCGCGAUUUUACGUUUGUUUUAUGUUUUUAUAUUUAUAAGAUUAUUUAUGUAAUUUUUUUAAUUUCUAUUAAUUUUCAAGUUUUUUCAUUUAUGUAAUUUUUUUAAUUUCUAUUAAUUUUCAUUUUUUUAUCACUUUGGUAUCCGCAAUGUUUGCAAUAAAAUGUUUAUUAAAGUUUUACUUGCUUUUUUAUAUGAUACGAUAAACUAGACAAGGGCCUAAUCCAUGUUGUUUUUUUUUUAAAUAAAAUCUCAGAUUCUCUCUUUAAAUAAGUUCCUUCUUUUUUAUUUAUUCCAUUUAUUUUAUAUUUUUAUAUUUAUAAAAUUAUUUAUGCAAAUUUUUAAGUUAAUUUUUCUUCAAUGUUUACAUUAAAAUUUUUCUCAAGUU